CAUGGUCCGGCGCCUUAUGCGCAUGCGCAGCCGGCGCUCCGACUAGUUACACACGCAAAGAGCGACACCAGCACACGAUGCCUGCGGAAUACAAGAUGUUCUAUUUCGCGCUACUAUUCACCACUUUUGCAACGACGUGUAAGUAUACAUUUCUGACAUACCCAACAUCAGUUGGAAUGAAUCGCAAAAUUUCUUCCAGUGGCUACUAUUGAUCUGGUGGUAGUUGGAGGCAACAAUGCUCUCUGUGUGGGUAUGAGUGUCACACUCCAGUGUACACUGAUGGGAGGUCUCCUCACCUGGGAGACUCCUGACGGAGCACUAAACUUCGUCCGGGGAAGACAAAAUACAACUUAUCAAGGCUCCUACUAUGGCCAGCUCAUUGAACCAAACGAUACUCAUAUUAUUUCAACCUUGACAUUCACCUUUACAACUGAGAUUACCGUCAACUGCUCUGAUACAAGUUCAAUUGCUGGAACUACUGUCAUCGUUGAAGGACCACCAAGUGCCCCGGAUCGACCACUGACGGCCCUGGAAAGGAUCAGGAGACUCAACAAGACAUUCUCCUCAGUGUCUGUGGUGUGGAACAUUCCUGACACCAACAAUGCCCACAUCAGUAGCUACGUGGUGACAGUUGAUCCUCCCAUUCUCCUGCCAGCCAGUAGAGUCAUUGCUGCAGACAAUCCUCUCUUCCAGUCACGACAACUGACCCUCACACUCCUCCAUGGCCAGCAGUACCACAUCACAGUCACUGCCAGGAGCUGUGGUGAUUCUGUGGAAGGUGCUGCUAGCUCUGCACUCAGAGUUAAUGUACCAGGAUCUCCAAAAGUGGUAGAUGCACAGCCGUCCCUGUCUAUGGCUAUUACUCUAAUAACCUGAAAAGAAUCGAAAUAGAAUGGAACCCAAUCGGGAGGCGUAGAAAUGUGCAGUUACAUUUCAGCAGUCUGUUGUGAGCUAUACAAUCAGCACUGUUCCCUUUGGCUGUGUCUUAUGGUAUCGAUGCAACAAUAGAGGCCAGUGAUCACAGUAGCUGCAGUACUUCAUGCAAGUAUUGUGUUAGAACCUUGCUGUGAUGUCAGCAUCUACCUCACAUUUUCAUUACUGCAAACGACCUCCUGUCUGAUGAAUACCUGAAAAAACGGAAUGUACAGAUGGACGAUCAGUAGACUAAAUACAGCUGGAAAGGAGAAUUAUUGCAUAGCUAAUAAGCCUAGAGCACCUACUAAAAA